AUGGAGAAUGCAAAAUAUACUGGUCGUUUACGAGGAAUGGGACCUGGGCAUCUACCAGUCAAAAGCAGCACACAUGCAAAUAAAUCAUCGAUCUCAGCUGCACAAGUCCCCGCAUUACUUGAGCGCAUAAAUGAACAAAAGCAACAGAUUUCCAAACAAAACGAACAGAUUGCCAUGUUAACAUCUGCCUAUGUCGACGUCAAGAAAUUUAUGGAAAAUUGUUUUGCGAGCCAAAGAACGAGCAACAUAAACAUGUGUACUCCACAUGACACCGAGUGUCCCGGUGUUGUGAGAGCAGGAUCAUCAGUCGGUAAUCGACCGGGUGAGAAUGAAUUAACAAAUGAAGAUGAGCAUGCAGCUGAUGCAGAAGGCGACCAUUGUGGAUCAUCACAAAGUAAUCGUUAAGUGACGUAC